AAGAUAACAUAUCGAGGUUGAUGAGAAUCUUCGCCUCUGCCUCUAGAAUCGAGGUUGCCACCACCUCGCCCUUCUCUUGCCUGGAGCUUGGGUGACCUGGCUUGGCUUGUGUCGGUUCAAGGAGCUAAGCGCUGGAGGGAGUUUUGUGGACAGCAAGACAUGAUGUUUGCCAGGAUGGAAGGAACGGCUUUCGUGUUGCUUUUGACAGCAGUUGCGGUAUAUGCAGUUCCAGUGAAAUUAAAGGCAGUCUCAAUUUUGCAACCACCUUUUCUCAUGGAAAAGGACGACGCCGCUAAGUUCUCGGGGAAAGACAAGUACGAGGGGUUUGUCAUAGACUUGCUCGACGAGGCCUGCGCUACAGCUGACUGCACGUACGACAUCCAACUGGUGGCGGAUGGGAAGUACGGGCAGAAGUUGGAUGGCGGGAAAUGGAGUGGUAUGGUGGGCGAGGUUCUGGACGGGAAAGCGGACUUGAUAGCCGCUCCACUUACUCUGAACACGGAGAGAGAGGCAGUCAUCUCUUUCACUAAACCGUGGAUGACCCACGGCCUGACCUUUAUGAUGAACCGUGAGGAUGUCUUCGGCGAAGCCGGACUGCCGUACAACCUCGCAUACUUCUUGUCUCCCUUCUCAGUCGGAGUCUGGCUGCUUAUUCUUUUGGUGUUCUUUGUGGUGAGCAUGAUCAUAGCUUUAUUUAAUAUGUUUGACCCCUACGAAUACGGGAAGAAGGUGGAUCGUGGGUCGCUCAAGCAGGGGCAGUAUGGGACGUUUGACCUCAGAGAGGCUCUCUUAUUCUGCUUCGCAGCGCUAACAUUCCAAGGGGUGUACAAGCCGCCACUGUCCAUCGCAUCCCGAGUCAUGGCCGUCUUCUGGUGGUUCUUUUGCGUCGUCACUGUAGCAACCUACAUCGCCGCCAUGGUGCAGACCACAGCCCUCGCCGGAUCCCUUCAGAGUCCGAAGUUUGCCGAGUUCCGGGACCUUGUGGCUGCACCCGAAGACUUCAAGUUCGGCCCGAUGGGAGGCGGUUCAACGGAGGCCUUCUUUAAGAAAUCUAGGAUACCUGAGUUUAGGAAAGCUUCCGAAAGAAUGAGUAAAUCCAAUGACAGCACCUCCGAGAGUACCUCGGCAGCAGUGAAGCGAGUCCAGGCCGGGAAGUACGCUUUCAUCGGGGAGUUCGCCAUGAUCGACUACGUGGUCUCAAGGAAGUGCGACACGGUGAUGGUAGGGAGUCUUUUGACCAGCCUGAGCUACGCCUUCGGUCUGGCCAAGGCGUCCCCGAACACCGCCAAGCUGAGCGCAGCCAUACAGGAGCUGGGAGAGGCGGGCAAUCUGAAUGCCCUUCAUGAUAAGUGGUGGCACACAAACCAGCACUGCAGGAACUCCAAGGUUGAUGCGGACGAAGUCACAGGGAGGGAUUCAAUGUACGAGGGAACUGGUCUGCCCAUCACGCUGAACGAGUUUGGUGGUCCCCUGAUCGUAUUACUCAUAGGUGUUCUUUGCGCGGUCAUCGCUCUAGUUGCCGAGAUAGUCUACUACAAAUUGAAGGGAAAGAAAGAAGGCAGCAACAAACGCCCGCUAAACGAGACAGGCGGGAGCACGCAUCCACUUGAGGAAAAGGCAUAGGAAGCCGCUGCUAUCACGAGGAAUGAUCGAAAGCUGACACUUAACGUACUACUGGGUGUAAAAAAGCAUUAUUGCCACUUUAGAUUCUACUUAGUACGUAGUUAGUAUUUUGAUAUCACAAAUUUGAAAUGUGGUAUAAUGAUCCGACGCGACCCAUGUCAAAUUGUGAGGACAGCUGUUGAUAUGUGGACAGUAUAUUGGUUGCGGAUCGAUAAGACCCUGUUUCAUUCUGAGCAAAUAUCUGAAGUCAAAAGUGGCUUGAUGUGGCUUCUAAAGUGGUGUUUACACUGUUUUUUUAUUGUUGUUGGUGUAUACAAUAUAUCAGGCUUUGUUAUAUUUUCACUCGUACUUACAUGGCACCUCAUAGUUAUGUUAUGUGAAUUUGCAUUUAAAUAUGGCGUAGGGAGAUAGUGAAGUAGUUGCUUUUAUCAUAAGCCCUCUGUAAGGGGAUAUAACUUCGCUUUGGUAGAGCUUUUAGAUGUGGCUUUCUUCAUAAAUAAAGGAUGACUGUGUA